AAUGUCAGGAUUGACCCCAGCAGCAUCUCCUUCAGCAUGUGGAAAGACAUUCCCGUUCCUUUCUACAUGUCAGUGCACUUCUUUGAAGUGCUGAACCCCAAGGAGGUCCUCCAGGGAGCAAAGCCAGUGCUGAACCAGCGUGGACCCUAUGUUUACAGAGAGUUUAGGUAUAAAACAAAUAUCACGUUCUACGACAAUGACACAGUCUCCUUCCUGGAGUACCGGAAACUCUUCUUCGAGCCAGACUUGUCCAACGGCAGUGAAGAAGAGUACAUCGUUGUGCCAAACAUUUUGAUGAUGGGAGCAGCUGUAAUGAUGGAAAACCUACCAAACUUUGUGAAGCUUUUACUGAGUGGAGCCCUGGCUGGCCUGAAACAGGAGGCAUUCAUGAACCGGACAGUGGGGGAGAUUAUGUGGGGGUAUGAAGACCCCCUUAUAGAUACAAUAAACAUGUUUGUUCCUGGCCUGAUCCCUUUCAAGGGGAAAUUUGGCUUAUUUAUAGAGCUUAAUAACUCCAAUUCAGGACUGUUCACAGUGAACACGGGCAUGAAGAACAUCAGUAGAAUUCACAUGGUGGAUUCAUGGAAUGGACUAAAGAAGGUGAACUACUGGCGGAGCAACGAGUGCAACAUGAUCAAUGGGACCACGGGGGAGAUGUGGCCGCCGUUCAUGUCCCCAACAUCACUGGAGUUCUACAGCCCUGAUGCCUGCAGAUCUAUGACACUGGUGUAUGAGGGGUCCGGGAAGUUCGAGGGUGUGCCUACCUAUCGCUUUGUGGCACCGAAAACUCUCUUUGCCAAUGGUACGGAUUAUCCACCCAAUGAAGGCUUCUGCCCCUGCAUGCAGUCUGGCAUCCAGAACGUCAGUACCUGUAGGCUAAACGCACCAAUAUUCAUUUCCCAUCCUCACUUCUACAAUGCUGACCCAGCCCUGGUGAAUGCUGUCGAAGGCCUCCAACCCAGCAAGGACCAGCACGCACUCUUCCUCGAUGUGCACCCGAUGACGGGCAUCCCCAUGAAUUGCUCCAUCAAGCUCCAGCUAAAUCUGUACAUAAAGCAGGUGUCUGGUAUAAUUCAAACAGGGAAGAUUAAACCAGUGGUCCUGCCGCUGCUGUGGUUUGCAGAGAGCGGAUCCAUUGAAGGCUCAGUCCUAAGGCAGUUUUACACCAACCUGGUGCUGAUCCCAUCCCUGCUGGACUGCCUGCAGUAUGUCUUCCUUGGACUGAGUGUCCCGCUCAUUAUCUCAGCAGCUGUACUCAUGGCAAGGAGUCAGGAAAAAUGCUCUUUAUUUUGGAGUAGCAAUAAAAAGAACUCAGACAGUAAUAAGGCCAACCAGGCCACCUCUGCCAAAAAGCUGCCUCCGGUUAAGGGGAUGGUGUUGCAGGAAGCCAGACUGUAG